GAGGUGGUGGUCGGUGUCCACCCCCCCACCUUGACCAGCCCCCCAACUCGCCGCCAUGCCUGGGGUGCAACGUAUGAAAGUGGCCAACGAGAGGCACAGCAAGAGCAUCACUCAGAGGGGGCGGGCCUCCAUCGGGUCCCGACACCCCAAGAGGAAAAAGCCCCCGUUCGUCUUCGUGGUCUGCGGAUCAGCCAUCUUCCACAUUAUCCAGAGCAUCCGACUUGGAGGUUAAUGGGGAGAAGACGGGGUGCUUUCCCCACCACCGCCACCAAUCCUCCUCUCAGGGAACUGUGGGAUCUUUUCUGGACCUCCCAAUUUACAGCCACGACAGUCUUCCUCUGCCUGCUGCCAAGAACCAGACCUCUCCCUCCCUGCCUGCUCUCGUGAGACCCCCUAACCGA